AUGGUCGAAUAUGCCACAUCCACUCUCGGUACCCGUCAUGUUUCAGCCCUAUCGACUGUCAUGUCGAAAGAAGGUGCGCCGGAUCAAGAAUACGUGCUAUCACGCGUGAAGAAGAUGUCUGGAUCGAAUUUUGUGGCCUGUCAUGCUAGAAAAUAUCCGUAUGCAGUGUUUUAUUGCCACACGGUGCAGGGUUUAACGGCGUAUCAGGUGUCGAUGGUGGGCGAGGAUGGGACGACAGUGGAGGCAGUGGCGGCAUGCCAUACAGCAUUGGCUGGACCAGAUCCGGUGAGGUACUUGAGGGGGCUCAAGGUCAAGCCUGGGACAGUUCCAGUGUGCCACUUUCUCCCUCAAGAUGAUAUUGUGUGGAGCCCUAACAUGUAG